ACAUAUUUAUAUUGAAUGAAAAAUACAACGGGAAUAUAAUAACAAAUCUUAAAUUAUAUUUAUAUUUGUUUAAAAUGGCUGCAACGUUGCGAUAUCGCGGCGAUAGAAGUAAUUUAAUUGAAAUGGCAAAAAAUUUAGAUGCCUUUAAAAAAGUUCCAGAAAAAUAUACUGAACCAUCCGAAAUUGGGGGGACGUUAUCACUUCUUAGUCGAAUAUUAAUUAUCUAUCUUAUUUAUAAAGAAAUUUGCUAUUAUCAGAAUGCAAAUCUUGUUUACCAAUUCGAGCCUGAUAUUGAUAUGGAUGACAAGGUUUUAAUGAACGUUGAUAUUACAGUGGCAAUGCCUUGCACAUCUUUGUCCGGAGUAGAUUUAAUGGACGAAACGCAGCAGGAUGUAUUUUCUUAUGGUACCCUUCAACGUGAAGGUACUUGGUGGGCAAUGACAACGGAACAACGUAUGGAUUUUGAGCGUAUACAACAUAUUAAUUCGUUUCUACGGGAAGAAUAUCAUUCUGUAGCAGAUAUAUUGUUUAAAGAUAUUAUUAAAAGUAAUGAAGCACACGAUACACCUACUAUGAAUGAGAAACCUCUACCCGAAGAACAAUAUGAUGCAUGUCGUUUACAUGGUACACUAGGUAUAAAUAAGGUAGCUGGUGUAUUACAUUUAAUAGGAGGUGCUCAACCGGUAUUUGGUCUACUUGAAGAUCACUUUGUAAUUGAACUACGACGUCUUCCUGCUAACUUUACGCAUCGAAUUAAUCGACUCAGUUUUGGCACAUAUUCUCGCCGUAUCGUACAACCACUAGAAGGUGAUGAAACAUUUGUAGGAGAUGAUGCAACAACUGUGCAAUAUUUUUUAAAAAUUGUUCCAACAGAAAUUCAUAACACAUUUUCUACUAUUAAUACUUAUCAAUAUUCCGUAACAGAAAACGUUCGUAAAUUAGAUGCUGCGCAGAAUACAUUUGGAUCGCCCGGUAUUUAUUUCAAAUAUGAUUGGUCUGCUUUAAAAAUAAUUGUGCGUACUGAUCGAGAUAAUAUUAUACAAUUCGUUAUACGUUUAUGUUCUAUAAUAGCGGGAAUUAUAGUCAUAUCUGGCGUUCUUAACUCAAUUUUAUUAGCAUUACAACGCAAAUUUAUAAAAACAUUAGCACCACAGGCGCUGCAGCAGUCAACGUUAAAAAUUCCUUUAAUAUCACAAAGUAAUAGUAUACCACGACCAACAAUAGCAGCUACAAGUAUAACAAAUGAUCUCAUUAACGUGGCGAACAGUAUGACGCAAGAAGCAUUAGAAUCUCAUAUAGUUACCGGUUUUGUACCCACCAUUCCAACUAAUAAAAAUUAAGCAUAACACAAAUAAAUCGAAUAUAUAAAAUUAUAG